AACAGGCAGCAGGCGACGACGACCUUGACGACGAGAAAAUGUACCUGUACUUGGCUUGCUUUAAUCAGAGAAAAAUUUGCAGAAGCCAUUGUCGGGAUCACGCAAAUUUCGCCCGUAGUCCGCUGAAAUGUGUUCGAAUAGUUUCCCCAUGUUAUUAAGGCAUUCGAUUUACUAGAAAAAAAAACAUGCUCAUUAUUCGUACCCGUACUUGUGAUAUUCGUAGUUGCUGGAAUGUGCAUCGCCGUCUUGGAUGAUGAAAAAUUAUGUGCGUUGCGAGUUGUGCCAGAAUUGUCAUUUAUCGUGUUCAUAAUGUAAAUAUUAUUUGUUGAAUCAUUCGUUAUUAGAGCAGUGAGAAAAUUUACUAUUAAUAGUGUGAUAGUUUAAAAGCGUUGACAAGAGUUUUGUACACGUCGACUGAGGUCUAUAUACAUCUAUAUCUAAUAAGAAAAAGUGAAGAAGCACAGAAACAGUGAAUUUAUUGAGCUAGUUUUACUAGUAAGAUGAAAAAAUUCACUUUCAAAGGCGUUUUGGAUGGUUUUCGAAGUUCUUCAGUGAAUCAGCCCUCUUCUCUUGGACCAACAAGGAUCUGCACGGAGCAAGAAAUACAAGAAACAUUACGACCAGAACAUUUUCAACUGCGCAAGACCUUUCGACAUGGAUUUCCCUACUCUCCAACAGCAUUGGCCUACGAUCCAGUACAGAAAUUGCUAGCGAUAGGUGAUAAAUCUGGUACAGUAAGAAUAUUAGGAAGGUUUGGUGUUGACGCUCACGUUAGACACGAAGGAGAAUCCGCAUGUGCUGUGAACCUAAUCGAAUUUCUUGUGAACGAAGGUAGCCUUGUAACAGCUACUGCCGAUGACACUUUACAUUUAUGGAAUUUUCACACAAAAAUACCAAAAGUAGUACAAAGUCUGAAAUUUCAAAGAGAAAGGAUCACACAAUUGCACCUACCAGUAGGCACUAAAUGGUUGUACGUAGGGACAGAAAAAGGGAACACGCACAUAGUUCAUGCUGACUCCUUUUCCUUAAGCGGAUACAUCAUCAAUUGGAAUAAGGCAAUUGAUCCGAUAAGAAAAACACAUCCUGGUGCUGUCGUACAUUUGUCUGAUAACCCAUUAGAUCCUAAUAAGCUACUAAUAGGAUUUGAAACAGGUCAAUUAGUACUGUGGGAUAUGAGAGGAAAAUGCGCAGAACUACGAUGGAUAUCACAGGAGCCUCUUUUAUCGUGUUCCUGGCAUCACGAAGGAAAACAUUUCAUCACAUCUCAUUCUGAUGGAUCUUUGUGUACGUGGCCUUUAAAACUUUCACCUAAACCUCUAGUGCAUGGUUUUCCACAUGCUAAGACAAAUAAAGAUGGAAAAAUAGAAGCAUGCAAUGCAAUUCAAAAAGUGGAAGUUAAAACAAAUAGACUUGGUGAACAAUUUACAAUAUUCUCUGGUGGCCUACCGACCGAAAAAUGUAGUAGUAAGUCUCAUUGCAUAACAGUAUUAGUUCAGGGCAAAUCAACCACAGUAUUAGAAAUGGAACAUCCGGUUAUUGACUUUUUCACGGUUUGUGAGAGUCCAUGGAGUAGUGAUUUACAGGAACCAUAUGCUGUUGCGGUCCUACUGCAAAAUGAUUUAGUAUUGAUAGAUUUGUUAACAACUGGUUAUCCAACGUUUGAAUCGCCUUAUUCUAUGGAUAUACAUGAGUCACAAGUUACUUGUUGUACAUAUUUAGCGGAUUGUCCAUCUGAUUUAGUUCCAGCCUUUUAUUCAGUGGGGAGAAGUGCGUCGAAUCGCCGGUCAGGGUACUCGGAAAGAGAAUGGCCCAUCAACGGAGGAGAAUGGCAGCCAACGUCUUGUAGUUAUUCGGAAAUAGUGCUGACUGGCCACCAGGAUGGGUCAAUCAAGUUUUGGGACUCAAGUGCUGGAACGUUACAAGUGCUUUAUAAAUUAAAAACGUCAAAAAUAUUCGAAAAAUUUAGAGUGAGAUCGAUGGACGUCAGCGACGACGAUCCGUUAUCCAUAUCGGCAAUAGCAUUAUGUGCAGAGUCGAGAAAACUAUGUAUAUCCACAAAUAGUGGGCACGUAGCGUUAUUUAAAUUUAAACGAGCGGAAAGCACAGGAGAUAUUGCCGUGCUCGAAAUUCCUAUUUCUUAUGAAAAUGCGGUGGAUAACGAUGGCAGUUCCGAAUGUGAAUUUAUUCCAAAGACACUGCCAAAGCAAACCGAUUCCGUGGAAUGCGAAAAGAAGUACAACGGAAUGCUGAAAGUGAAAAGUGGACCACAAAGGAAACCUCCAGGUUUUCAAGCUCAAUUAGUAUGCAUAACCCCUUGGACACAUGGCACUCAUCCUGGUCAAAUUACCGCACUUACCAUCAAUUCAAGUUAUGGGUUAAUGGCAUAUGGCAAUGAAUAUGGUUUGGCUGUGGUAGAUAUUGUCCAAAAAAGGUGCUUACUGAAUCUCUCCACGCAAGAGAUAUACGGUUCGUUAGAUAUGUAUAUAAAAACGCCACGAAGUCCCAAGCGGUUAGAAAGCGUCCAAUCUAAAGAAGACCAACUGAGAUCGCCAAGCAUAGACCAGCAAUCAAAUUUUCCCCAACCUGGAGACAACUGUACUCAAAGUAUGGAUAUGAUUGAUAUUGAUAGACCAGAAAUCGGAGAGGAGGCAACUGAAUGCCAACUGGUCCUUGACAACGAUUCUUUAAGGUCUCAGCGUGCAAGCAACCCAAGCCCGACUCAGGAGAGAAGUACACAGGGUGAUACCUCGGGUGUCAUACAUAUCUUAGAAGAAUCUAAUGUAACUGAACCUCCCGUGCCGCCAGUGCGCACAAAAAAACUAGCUAGAGAAAAAUCGAAAGGAAACACUAUAGUUACAAAAAAGACACUUUUAGAAUCAUUCAGCAUAUCAGAUUGGGUGCGAAAAUUUAACAAAUUGGACAACUCUUUUUCUAGAUCGAGAUCGUCGUCCAUGUCAAGUUUAGAAAACGCUAGCACGGAGGCUGUGACUUGUUUAGCAUUUGCCGAUAGUUAUAUUAAAAAAAGUGACCCAUCACUAGCACUUCCAACGAUGUGGCUUGGUACUAGUUUAGGAGCAGUUUUAACAGUGUCGUUGAGUAUACCAGACCAGGAUGCUAGGAAAUCAGAAGCCGUUCAAGCAGCUUUGGCUGGUCCGGUGUUUCGAUUGAAAGGAUCCGUUUUGUCUAUGUCGCUGUUGGACUGCAAUGGCGCACUAAUACCUUAUGCAUUUGAAUCUUGGAAAGACGAAAGCAGAGAAGGCAAAGAUAAACGUGAUAAAACUCCUACUAAACAAACCGCCAACAAGAUGAGUCCUACAAACCCGGAUAGUACGUUAUGUGACCGUCAAUUUAUAGUGAUUGCCAGUGAAAAACAGGCAGGUGUGUUCGCUCUUCCAAGCCAAAAUUGCGUGUACAAGAAAAACAUCGUGGAAACCGAUUAUGUGGUAAAAGCCGAGAUUAUAAGCAUGAAAGAUAGUGUUUGUUUAAUUUGCUACGCGUCAAAUGGUCGCUUGCUUGUGUUUACUCUGCCAAGUCUAAAGCCAUUGCUCGACAUAGAUUUCCUUCCGUUAUCCGAAUUGAGUUUUCAAACCAAAUGUAAACAGGGAAUAAUCGAUCCUAUGCUGUCUAUCUGGGGGCAGCAAUUGAUUGUCAAUGAAGACACAAAUCUCAUAUCAAAGACUUUCAGCUUUAGUAACAAAGGGCAUGGAUUGUAUUUGGUAACACCCACCGAAUUACAGAAGUUCACGGUCUGCCAGGAGUUUUGCAACCAAUACAAUGAAAUGCUCGGAGAGUUGUACGUGGCACAUGAAAUGCCGGAAGCACCGAAAGAAAGCUUUUUCAAGGGACUAUUCGGUGGCGGUAUGCGUAAUUUGGAUCGAGAAGAACUUUUUGGGGAAUCGAGCGGAAAGGCUAACAAGUCGGUGGCCAGGCACAUACCGGGUCCCAAUGCAAACUUGCAGGACCUGGACCGACGGGCAACUUCGGCAUCGUCGGAAGUGAACAGAGCUCAUCAACUUAUGCUGGAACGAGGCGACAAACUUAGUCAACUAGAGGAAAGAACUGAACGCAUGGCUAGUGAAGCGCAACAAUUUUCCAGUUCAGCGCAUCUAUUAAUGAACAAAUACAAGGAUAAAAAGUGGUACCAACUGUAAUUGUCGUAAUAUCUAUGGCAAAAGUCUAUAAAAUGGUCUUUUAGGUCCUACGUGCGUCAGUUUAGCUUUAGUCUAAAUUGUUUCAAUGUUAUUUACUGUUAUGUUAUUGAAUAAAAAGAAAUAAACAAUAAUAAAUUGUAAAAAAUCUUCCAUGGCAAUAAAAAUUAUUGCCGCCAAUAUAAUAUAAUUCACUAUUUUGCUAUUGGAAUGAUGCAGUGAACCUAAUUUGUAAGUUUUUGCAACACCGCAAAAUUCCAAUAUUAAAGAAUGAUCAUGCUGCUGCUAUUAUUAAGAAAUUGUUAUCAUGACCUUUUUGGAAGAUCAUCAAGUUAAAAGAAUUGAUCCAAAUAAGUGUGACAUUAUUAUAAUGACAGACGAUGUAAAUAAUCCAUUUUGUCGAUAAGUACUUGUAAAUAUGUUACAUACAGUAGGAAUAAAAAAAAACAUUUGAAUUUUUUAUAAAA